GGGUUUCUCCACAGUGAGGGGACGUCAUAAGUAAUGCAUUCUUUCUCUCUCUCUCUCUUUCAUUGAGUUGAUAAGUGCUAGAAGAGCCAACGCAAACGUGUGCAUUUUCAGUUUACACCAUGGAGGAGGACGCGGGACAGUCUAUCCCAUUCAAGUACCCCGCCUCUGACUUCUUGUUGACUGUCGGAGGUAUGUUUAUUUUCCUCCUGGAUGUGGUGCUAGACGUGUGGGCGGUGGUGACGUUUUAUCAACAAGAGGCUUACGUGUUCAUGGGACUGCUGGUGUUCCUACUGCUGGGCUCCUCAGCCCUGGUCCAGGCUUUCAGCUGGCUGUGGUACCACUAUGACAAGGACGGGACUGAGACCAGGACAGAGAGCCUUGUGAAGAGCCUUCACUCACUCAAGAUCCUUCAUGUGUUCCAGAUGGGCGUCUACCUCAGAUAUGCUGGUCUGGUGAGGAUCUCUAUAUGUGGCUUCUGCUGUAGAAAGCGUUACAUGGAGGGCAACGCCGUGUAUUUGACACAUGACCUUAGCCUGCUGCGCCUCAUCGAGACCUUCUCUGAGAGCGCGCCACAGCUUGUCCUCAUGAUUACCAUCAUCAUCAAGAAGGGAGAGGUGGAGCCCAUUACAAUCUUGAAGGCGCUUGGUUCAGUGUCUGCCAUCGCCGUCAGCGUGACCAUGUAUCACCGCUCCCUGCGUUCCUUCCUCCCAGACAAGACCAAGCAGGGCUGGAGCUCCUCAGUGGUCUACUUCCUGUGGAACCUGCUCCUGAUUGGUCCACGUGUGGCAGCAGUCGCCCUCUUCGCCUCGGUCUUCCCCUGCUUCAUCGCUGCCCACUUCCUGUCUUCCUGGAUGAUUCUAUUUUUCGUCGCCUGGCAACUGAAGACAAACUUCAUGGACAGCGGCGGUGGAGAAUGGCUCUACCGGGCCACCGUAGGUCUCAUCUGGUACUUCAGCUGGUUCAACAUAGUGGAGGGGCACACCAAGCAGCGGAGCAUCAUCUACCACACCUGGAUAGGAGUGGAUAUUGGGAUGCUUUGUGGUUUUUGGGUGUGGCAGAUGAUAAAGAACCCUCCAUGCUUUGAACUGCCAUUAGAUUCCUAUGUCAUCUUUGUCAUUAUGAUCUCACUCUACAUAGCUGGGCUCUGUCUCAAGGUGAUAUACUACAAGUUCUGUCACCCAAAGAUUACAAAGCUGGGAGAAGUUGAGUGUCGCCUCGAGCCGAUGUCGGAGUCGGUGGGGCUCCCCCCAUAUGGGUUAGAUGUUGUUGACUCUAGGUUAAUGGGUCAUACAGAGCGUCCGGAACCGUCCGUCAAGGUCAAUAAAAGGAUGAGGAAUUUAGCUGAUAACUUUUACUCUUAAUCCGGAUUAUCAGAUGCCUCCUACACAUUAAGACUGUAUGGGCUUAUUCAACAUUGCAGCCGGCAACCCAGCCUGGCAACUGCCAACUGACUGAUCUACAAAUUACCUUGGAUCAUAAAUAACUACUCAUUAUUUGUAGAUCAGUCACAAUUGAAACACACAAUGUUUAAAUUAAACACACCUUGUACUUGUUUGAUGAAUUAAGGUCAGUAAUUAGUAAGGAUCUCCCCUCACCUGGUUGUCUAGGUCUUAAUUGAAAGGACCCACACUCGACCCUCCGUGGAAUGAGUUUUACACCCCUGCCCUACUUAAAUGAACUAUAGCUUGGCGAGCUUGAGAAAUGUUGACGCUUUCAUUAAAAAGACUGGAAUGAUUUGUUCUAUGAACGACAAGGAUGGCGAUACUAGACAGUUCUGUUUGGCACAGUGCAUUUCUAAUAGGUAAGGUAAACAUGACAGUAGUGUUUAUAGUGGUCAUGGACUUGUCUUAUUAAUGUGAUCUCGUGAGUACAGCUAAUCGGGGUUACUUAUUGACAGUGGUGGAAAAAGUACUAAAUUGUCAUACUUUAGUAAACGUAAAGAUACCUUAAUAGAAAAUGACUCAAGUAAAAGUGAGUCACACAGUAAAAUACUACUUCAGUAACUCUAGAAGUAUUUGGUCUGAAAUGUACUUAAGUAUCCAAAGUAAAUGGAAUUGCUAAAAUAUACUUCAAAUGUCAAAAGUAAAAGUAUAAAUAAUUUCUAAAUCAUUAAAGCAAACAAUGUUUUUAUUUAUUUAUAGAUAGCCAGGGGCACACCAACACUGUUUAGUGAGUCCGCCAGAUCAGGCAGUAGGGAUGACCACGGAUGUUCUCUUGAUCAGUGUGUGAAUUGGAUCAUUUUCCUGUCAAAAUGUAACGAGUACUUUUGGGUGUCAGGGAAAACGAAUGGAAUAAAAAUUGGCAAAAGAUACCAAAAAAAAAAACAACUUAAGUAGUACUUUAAAUUACUACUUAAGUACUUUACACCACUGCUUCCUGAACUGUUAGCAGGGUGUGGACUCUGUCAGGACUAGAUGGUAAAAACCUUGAGGGGAUUUUACGUAAUUCAGAACAUAAUUUUAACAGUUGUUGGCCAUUUCUGAGUGAAAGUGAAAGUGCCAAUGUCCUCCGUCUUUGUGUGCUGGACUGUCUGGUUUCAUGUGUGUGAUGUGAAUGUGAUCCUUUUUGUACAGUGAUGCCAA